AAAAUCAAACAUAAUUGCCCAUCACGCUUUCAUCCACAUACGCACCACCGUUGUUGAGGUGAGACGAAAGGUAGGGUUUUCGGAUAGAGGGGCGAACGGUGCAAUGUCUGCAAUCGACAGUGACAGGGAAAAAUUCUUGGCGUGGAAGGUAAAGUGGGGCAAAGAUUACGCUACCAAAGAAGAGGAUGAAAGUAGAUUCCAAACCUUCAAACAGAACCUCCGUGAAAUAGAGGCUUUUAAUAGUAGAAGCUCAGCACGUUGGUGGAAGGGUUUGAACAUGUUCUCGGACCUGACUGAUGAGCAGUUCAAGACAGAAUUCCUCGGAUGCAAACAUCCUACCAUGUAUAAAGAUGUCGGGGAUGACGAGGUCAUGUGCUGGGGAAGUUCAAGUGAUGAUGAAGAAGAUACCGAAGAGGGGCAUGCUGCUGUCAAAUGCCAAGGUCCUGCAGCACCUCCAAAGGAAGCUACACUGCCUGAAGAACCUAAACCAAAGAGGCCUAGGCUUGAUGAUUCUUUGCUUGUUCCUGAGGAUCAGUUCUUGACUCAACAUCCGAGAGGGGCGAACGGUGCAAUGUCUGCAAUCGACAGUGACAGGGAAAAAUUCUUGGCGUGGAAGGUAAAGUGGGGCAAAGAUUACGCUACCAAAGAAGAGGAUGAAAGUAGAUUCCAAACCUUCAAACAGAACCUCCGUGAAAUAGAGGCUUUUAAUAGUAGAAGCUCAGCACGUUGGUGGAAGGGUUUGAACAUGUUCUCGGACCUGACUGAUGAGCAGUUCAAGACAGAAUUCCUCGGAUGCAAACAUCCUACCAUGUAUAAAGAUGUCGGGGGUGACGAGGUCAUGUGCUGGGGAAGUUCAAGUGAUGAUGAAGAAGAAGAAGAAGAUACCAAAGAGGGGUAUGCUACAGUCAAACGCCAAAGUGAUGGCCGAAAAGUAGAAUGUUGCAGUGCCUGUGGAACUGGAGCCUGAAAAUGAAGAAUCACAUGGUUUUACAAUGUGUAGUUUGCUUUUAACUUUUGGUUUUCAAGAAUGGCUGACCUGUUACGAAAUGAUGAAUUAGCGGACUUAAAAGUAUUCUAACAACUGGUGUAUGGGUCAACAUCCUUGAUAUGUUGACUAGUUGAUUUGAGCUGAUCACUCA